AUGUGCUGCAUUUCAGUUUGGGGCUGCACAGCAAAGCAGAUUUGGCUGCUCAAUCGCCACGGAACACGCUACCCAACUGGCAAUGACAUGGGUCAGCUGUAUGAUGUGCUGCCUGGCAUGAGUCAGAGGAUAGUUCAAAACCACAAUCAGGGAAGAGGUUGUUUGACAAAGGAGAGUUUAGAUCAACUUAGUGAUUGGUUCCCUUCGUAUGGGAUCAGAGAAAAGGAACAGCUGCAUGAGAUGGGCUAUGAAGAACAGUUUGCCCUUGGAGAGUAUUGGCGGGAUAUGUUCCCACACCUCAACAAUGUCUCUUAUGAUCCCCAAAAGUUUAAGAUAGAAUUCACAGUGAAAAACAGGACUGGCCAGAGUGCUUAUCAUUUCCUACGGGGGAUGUUUGGAGAUGAUGCCAUUGGCACCAUAGAACUUCCUGAGCCAUAUAGUCCAAACUUUAUCUUAAGGGCAUAUAAAUCCUGUCCAAGAUGGCUGAAAGAAGUUUACAAAAAUGAAGAAACAACUUACAAGGAAAGAAGGUUAUUUACACAGGGAGAGAUAUUCCAAAGUACCCUCCAUGCUGUUAGUUCCAGAUUGGGUUUUAUGCACCCACUAACACCAAGGGAACUUGAGGCCAUAUAUGAUGAGUGCAGAUAUGAGAUGGCUUGGUGGCCCAAACAAAAGAGUGCUUGGUGUGUGCCUUUCACAAGCUAUGACUUUGAGGUGAUGGAGUACCACCAGGACUUGAAGUAUUAUUAUGAGGAAAGUUACGGCACUCCUCUUAACUCUGAAACAGCGUGCAGGACUUAUAAUGAUUUGUAUUCACAUUUCAGAACUACAAUAUCUCAAGAAGAAGCUAAACCACAAGGGAUAUUUUACUUUGCUCAUGACAAGACCAUUCUCAAGGUUCUGGCUCGUAUUGGCCUGUUUCGUCCUUCGGAACACUUGAGACAUGAUAACUUUGCUGAGAUGAGAGACCGUGUGUGGCGUUCAAGCUUUGUAUCUCCAUUCAGUGCAAAUAUUGUAUUUGUACUUUACCAAUGUGGGGUAGAGUUUAAAGUAGCCACGUUUUUUGAAGGUCAGCCUACACCUCUCCCUGAAUUAUGUACAGGUGUAGCUUGCCAAUGGAAAGAAUUGCAGCCAUGGCUGCAUGAAAACUACCAGACCUGUGACUUGAGCCAAAUAUGUAUGAUGCAUGAUGAACUGUGAUUGAUGUGUGGAUUUUUAGAUUAUUUGUAAAGGAUUUCGGCAAAAUAUGAUUGGUAUAGGUUUGUAAAUAGUCUUUCUGUGGGUAUAUAUAAUUCAAUCUUGCUAACUGACUAACUGAUGUAUCAUAAUAUUUUUUACACUGAAGUUAUAAAAGAUACAUGGGUAAAUGUUCAUAGAUGUUUGUUGACUUACCUGUUUUUUGAUGAAUUAUUUAUUCUAGUACAAGACAUUUUUUACAGUAAAGAUAAGAAAAUGAAAUACAUUUUUAAGAAUGGCUAUUGUGCUGCAAUUUUGUUUUGCCUUAGGCUUGCUAGAUUAUUAUUACGAAGAAAUGCUCUUCUUGAUAAAUUAUUUUUUCAUGAGUAUUUAAAUUGUCUUGAAAGACAUGAAACCCAUAUAGAAAGGUAUUACAUUGACAAGUAGGCUUUUAACCUAUUAACUGCCAACAAAAAUAAGCCCAAGACCAUUUGAUAAUGCAGGCCAAUUUUUAAAUUAUUUUCCUAAAACCAAUUUAUCUAGAAAUGUACAUGGUAAUAAAUCUGGAUACUGUACACAAAAAAGAAUUUCAAGAGAUUCUGAAUACGAAAGGGAACUUUAACAGCAUUAAGAAUUAUACUAAUUUUGCAUGUUGGUUGGAGAUACAUAUAUGUUCCUUGUUGGCAUCCCAUGGGUUAAACAUGAUACGACUACUUAUUUGAUCUUGCUGUGAUGAUUUUGAGAGACUAAGCUCAGGUUUAUGAAUUUUACUGUGUGCUACUUUAUAGUAUUUCUGCAUUAUGAGAAUUGUCCUUUUGUGGAGUACCAUUUUAGCUUUUUAUGGUUUCUGUAAAUGUUGCAGUUUUCUAUUUAUUGCUCUUGUCUCUGUCGUACACUCACAUGUACUUUCAUAAACCCAGAUAUGAAGGUAGCAUGGAUAUACCAUCUGACUAGUCAUGAAUUCCUAUAGUAGAAAUUAAUAAUUGAUCCUCUCACAGACGUAUGUACAUUUCCUUUCCAUUAAUUUGGUCUGGUUGCAAAUAUUGGGAUAGUUACAACUUAUCAACCUCGGGUUCCUACACAAAAUAUAUAUUAACCUUCAUAAGUAAUUACUGCAUUAGCAUUAGUUAUGGUAACAACUUAACUAGUUUUUUAAUACAGAAGUUGAAAUUCGUAUUCAUGUUUUGGUUGAGUGUAAAUGGAGUCUUUCUUGGUUUUAUUUAGGUGCUAAUAUAGUUAAAAAUAUAGAAACAUUAUAUUUUUGCAAUCAAGAAAGUUUAGGUUAUAGCUUCCUUACAUAUUGUUACCUUAUCUUUUGUUUAUAUAAACUAUGGUUGCCUAAUCAUUUGACACAAAAGGAAAGUAUGAUUUAAAUGGUAAUGUAAACACGCAUACAUUUAUGUAUGUAAUGUUUAGAGUAGUUUUAUUAUUUGCAGGGUAACUUUGGGAAUGUAUGUGUACAAAUUUUAAACCUUAUAUACUUGACUUGUAUACUUAGAAUUACCAUAGUUAGAUUAUAAUUUUAUGGUUUAUAGUCAUACAUAUUAGCCCCAGCUACUUUAAUUGUUCAUAAGGGAUAAAAAUAUUAGUCCCAGUGAAUAUGCAUCACAUAGUGAAGGAUAAUAGCGGUGAAACUAGUUUCAAUAGUAUACAUAGCAAAAUAUUUUUUUUAGUAUCUCUCAGUUACUAAUUGCUAUCUGUAUACAGUAUUUCCACAGUAAACUGAAUAAACAAAUUGUUUUCAUUAUAUGAAAAAAGGCUUAUUACAAGAAAAUAAAAAAAUAAAUCUGAAUAAUUAAAAA